AUGAGUAGAGACAUAUACAGGCUUGGACACCGUUUUGAUUUCUUCCGAAUGCUAUCUUGCUAUUUCACUACCAUUGGCUUCUAUUUCAGUACCCUGAUGACUGUCCUCACAGUUUAUGUAUUCCUUUAUGGACGCCUCUAUCUUGCCCUUAGUGGACUUGAAGAAGCUUUGAACAAACAGAAAGCUAUUCAAGACAACAAAGCGCUUCAAGUAGCUCUUGCUUCUCAGUCAGUUGUGCAAAUUGGAUUUUUGUUGGCAUUGCCAAUGUUGAUGGAAAUUGGCUUGGAGAGGGGAUUUCGUCAGGCAUUAAGUGAAUUUGUACUUAUGCAGUUACAGUUGGCUCCUGUAUUUUUCACAUUUUCUCUUGGAACAAAAACACACUAUUAUGGAAGGACAUUGCUUCAUGGAGGUGCACAGUACAGAGGCACCGGUCGUGAUUUUGUGGUGUUUCAUGCCAAAUUUGCUGAUAACUACAGGCUCUAUUCUCGCAGCCAUUUUGUUAAGGGGAUUGAAUUGGUGAUUCUGCUUGUGGUCUACCAUAUAUUUGGCCAUGCAUACAGAGGAGUGGUUGCCUAUAUUUUCAUUACCAUAACCAUGUGGUUCAUGGUAGGGACAUGGCUUUUUGCUCCCUUCCUUUUCAAUCCAUCAGGCUUUGAGUGGCAGAAGAUAGUUGAUGACUGGACAGAUUGGCAUAAAUGGAUAAGCAACCAUGGAGGAAUUGGUGUAUCUCCCGAUAAAAGUUGGGAAUCCUGGUGGGAAAAGGAACAUGAGCAUCUCCGGUACUCAGGAAAGCGUGGUAUUGCUACUGAGAUCAUAUUAGCCCUCCGUUUUUUCCUAUAUCAAUAUGGCCUUGUAUAUCACCUGUCAAUUACUGAUAAGACUCAAAGUGUUCUGGUUUAUGGUGUUUCAUGGAUGAUAAUCUUUCUAAUAUUGGGCUUAAUGAAGGGUAUAUCUGUUGGCAGACGACGCCUCAGUGCAGACUUCCAACUUUUAUUUCGAUUGAUUGAGGCAGUUGCUGGUAUGACAAUUAAGGACAUAAUAGUCUGCAUCCUAGCAGUCAUGCCAACUGGCUGGGGGUUGCUGCUGAUUGCACAAGCUUGUAAGCCUGUCAUUGACAAAACUGGGUUCUGGGGGUCGAUUCGAGCACUUGCUCGUGGAUAUGAAGUAAUAAUGGGCUUGCUUCUCUUCACACCAGUUGCUUUCUUGGCAUGGUUCCCUUUUGUUUCAGAGUUUCAAACUCGCAUGCUUUUCAACCAAGCUUUCAGUAGAGGUUUACAGAUUUCUCGUAUUCUUGGUGGACAAAGAAGUGAUCGCUCCUCCAACCACAAAGAGUGA